UAUACCUGACAUUUCCACAUCUGUGUAGUGCGUAGCUCGCCAAGUACAUACGAUUUGCUGAUUUGGCGCAUAGCUCCCUCUACCGCCACACCAUCAGAUUUCAACUCAUCGUACAUGUCCGGCCCGAAGCAUGAGUAUACAAGGACUAAGCGCUCGCAGUUCUCUCAAAUUAGUCCGACGAAUAGCAGCUUAUGAGAGAUUACCGUCGUUGUUUACAUCUCGUCGUCCCUUCGCAUGUGCCGCAACAACACAGAUGAGUCAACCUUUGCACACCUGCGAUAUUGACGCUGAGCCUUUACAUCGCUAUCGAAAGGGUGGAUAUCACCCUAUCCGCCUAGGUGAUAUUUUGAAGGAUGGGAGAUACAGAAUAUUGCACAAGUUAGGUUGGGGGGCCUACUCGACAGUCUGGGCUGUAAGAGACCAGAGAGAGCACACAUAUGUCGCCGUAAAGGUCUCCGUAUCAGAGCGAGGAGAAAAAAGCCGAGAGUCCAAAGUCUUGCGAGCAAAUCAAUCCGAACAGCCUGGCUCUCCACAUCUAGUGUCAAUGCUCGACCAAUUCCUGAUCGAUGGUCCAAAUGGAACUCACGAUUGCCUCGUGCUUGAAUUAGUGGGGCCAAGUGUCGCCGAUCUACUCGAAACACGCUUUCGUGGCGAGAGACUCCCCGGAAGACUUGCAAAACAAAUCGCGAAACAGGCUCUCGUCGGACUAGACUACUUGCAUGCACAAAAGAUCGGACAUGGGGAUAUACAUACUCGCAAUCUAGCCUUGACUCUUCCUCCUCUACAUUCCUUACGAGAAGAAGAGUUCUUCCAAAAGCUUGGAAAACCUGAAACGGGAUCCCUUAGAAGCGUUGACGGCAAUCCACUGGAUCCUGGUAUGCCCGAAUACCUUGUUAGACCGACUUGCUUUACGGUACAUAAGUCAUUAUUGGCUUCUCCGAUCAGAAUUGUUGACUUCGGCGAAUCUUUCCUGAGCAAUGAGAUCCCUGACAUGCUGCACACACCACUCGUUGUCCGCGCACCCGAAAUGAUAUUCGGGGAUGAGUUCAACUAUCGUGUAGACUUGUGGAGCAUGGGCUGUAUGUUAUUUGAGCUCGUAGUCGGCCAGCCGCCGUUCGACAGCUUCAUGACAACGCCUACAAUACUUGUCCGGCAAAUGCUGGGAAUGCUGACCAACGACGGACUUCCAGAGCGUUGGCAACGAACAUGGCACGCCAUGGAUAGCGCAGCACCCGGAGAAGAAUCUGAAUAUACACUCCAAGGAUGGUUAGAGGAAAUGUAUUUCGAUGGGGAACGAAAUGAGGAUUUGACCAGGGAAGAUAUACUCAAAGUAGGCGAGCUUGUUCAACGGCUGCUACGGUUUGAGCCUUCUGCACGGGCGUCAGCAUAUGAGAUUCUUCAGGAUCCGUGGUUCAAGGACGAUUGAUAUAAGCACCACGAUGCGAAUCAUACCCUGGCAGGGUAACUUCGGGUACUUGCUAGCGUUAUCAAUUGCAACCAAUUGCUACAGCUGUAUGCCCAGUUACAGCGCUCCUCGAUGGACAACGGAAAUUAACCCAAAUACUCUAAAUUGUCUGGGUCGACACU